UUUAUGUACGAUCACUAACCAAUUACUCUCUUUCUUUCUAUAUCAGAAGAACAAAGCCAAAAAGAGUCUCCCCAGAAGGAGAAAACGCUUUGAUAGAGAGAAACAAAAUGGAACAUAACCAUGACAUGGGAAUGGGAGGUCCAUCAUCAACCAUGAACAAGACCACCAUGAUGCAUCCCCACAAUAAGAUGAUGAUGCACAUGACAUUCUUUUGGGGCAAAAAUGCAGAAAUUCUCUUCUCCGGUUGGCCUGGAACAAGAGCUGGAAUGUAUGUUUUAGCUUUAAUAGUUGUUUUUGCUUUUUCUUUUCUUGUUGAAUGGCUUUCUCACUCUCACUUGAUCAAGCCUGGCUCUUCCAACUUGUUUGCCGGUUUAAUCCAGACUUUCUUGCAUGCUUUACGUGUUGGUUUGGCUUAUUUGGUUAUGUUGGCUGUUAUGUCAUUUAAUGGCGGUGUUUUCUUGGUGGCGGUGGCUGGUCAUACUCUUGGAUUCUUGAUUUUUGGAAGUAGGGCUUUCAAGAAAACUUCUUCUCCUCCGCCCCUUGCAAAAAGCGUUGAUCUUCCUCCAAUGAGUUGCUGAUAUAUUAUUGAAGGAAAUCAUUGGUGUUUGAUUAUUGAUUCUUGAAAUAAUUGAAUUUGCUGAUUUAUCUCCAGUUGCAUGUUCUUUUUUCUUUUUUUUUUUUUUUUUUUUUAUUA